UGUUAUUCUUCUUUUAUGGGCGUAAAGGGUAACUUGAUCGAUACCCACGUCGUCAUUGAAAAGAUCUACAAUGGAAAAAAAUAGCACUUCAGAUAAAGAGGUAAAAAUAUUCGUAGCAAACGUUUUUGUGUUGAUAUUAUUAUUUUUUUUUAUACCAACCUCAAAGCUAAACAGUCAAUAAAAACUUCUACUAUGUAUGUAAAUAGGUUGUUUGUCACCGCUUGAAAAAAACGAUUUUCUUGGAUAAUAGUUUUAAAAAUGUAUCUAAGUAAAUUUAUGCAAUCCUGAAAAGACUCUUUCUGUUUGCAGAAAGGACAUUUUUUGGAGACAUGCUACAGCUUUUUGCUUGUGGGAAUUACAGGUAGCGGGAAAAGUGCCGUGGGAAAUUCUCUCAUAGGGUCCAAUUCUUUUCUUAGUUCUAGCAGCAGCAUUUCAGUCACAGAAGACGUGGUGUGCAAAACGGCAACAAGAUAUGGGACUAAAAUAUCCGUGGUUGACUCUCCUGGUGUAUUGGACACAAAAGUGGACCCUGACCAAGCUAAGCGGAAAUCUUUAGAUGAAAUGAAGAAAGCUAUGAGCGUAUGCCCGGCCGCAGGUAAAAUGGCUCUCAUUCUGGUGUUACAAUAUGGCAGCCGGUUUACUGAGCAGAACAGAUUGGCAAUCACAAUUCUGAAGAACAUAUUUGGCGAGCAAAGUUUGUGGAGAUCUUGCGUGGUAGUGGUUACUCACGGAGACUGUUUUCAUAGUAAAUAUCAGGGUAGCAAGGAUUUUAAAGACUGGACCGCAGAGCAGACAGGAGGCCUUGGAGAGGUUUUUGAAAACUGCGGUAAUACAUGUGUGCUCUUUGAUAAUGACACAGAUGAUUCUCAGCACAAUGAAAAACAGUUUCGGGAGCUCGUCGCGUGUGUUGAGAGGCUUGAUCAAAGUUAUACAAAAAUUAAGUUUAAUGAGGCGAAGAAAUCCCAAAAUCGAAUCGCGUUGGAGGCCGAACUACCGAAGUUAAAGGAAGAAUUUAUGGCAGAAUUGAAUGGAAUAAAUAAUGAAAUCGAUUUGCUUGCCAUCUCAUCCCAGUCUCUUGACAAAAUUGAAGAUCUAAAGUUUAGG